AUGGGAAUUUGCACUUCUCAAAAUGAAGCUGAGAAAAUAGAGAAUUCAGAGCAGGAUUAUUAAAAACUUGAUUAUAAUAGGGUUUCAACUUAUUAAAAACUGGAAAAUAUUGCAAACAAUAUAGCAGCUUAAUAGCAGAUUGACACGAUAUUUUCAUCUUUAAUUUAAAGAAUGAUUGCUUCUCGAUAAACUCAUAUCUUAAAAAUGUUGGAGAAGAUGGACAGUAAAAAAAAGCAAUAGUUUAUGACAAAAUUAGAACGCAUAGAUUUUGAAUUCAUUGACUCUGUAUAGAAAAACAUUAACGUUAUAUAGCUCUUUCAUCAUUGUUAUAAAAAAAAUUAACCGGAUGAGUUUUCAUGCAAUGUUAUACAAAGUAUCAAUAGUCAAGAGCAGAAUCUUGAUUUGAUAAAGAAACAUAAGGUGGGCAUAGUAUUUUUAUGUGGAGGUCGUAGUUCUCGAUUGUAUGAUAAACUGCUAAGCGAUAUAGGACUUCCUUCUAAGAAGUGUGUCGUUUAAAUAAUGAUGGAGAGACUGAAGAAGGUUAUUAUGAUAGCAUCUGAAAACCAAGAGAUUGUUGAUUAUCCUAUUGCGAUAGUGCUUUCGGAUUAAAACUCCGAGAAAUUCUAAAUGUAUCUCAAAGGCAGAAGAGAUUUUGGAUUUUAGUCCAUCACUUUUAUAUUUGAGAAAUCUCUUCCUGUGAUUGAUAUAAAAGGAUAGGUAGUGUUUGAAUAGGAAAAUCAAGCUUUUAUGACACCUGAAGGGACUGGUUCAAUUUUUUUAUAACUCAAUUCAUUCAUAAAUAAAUUUCCAAACAUGGAGUAUAUUCAUUUCUUGGGUUUGGAUAAUCUAGCUGGAUUGCCAUUAGACCCCUAAAUGUUGCAUCUCAUUUGUCAAUAGAAGGGUGAUGCAUUAUGUAAAGUUAUUGAAACUAAUUCAAUUUUGGAUGAUAGAAUAUUUUAUUCUGCUAAGUAAUUUCAGACAUAUAAAGAAUAAGACAAGGGAGUAGAAGAGAGUUCAUAAAACUUGGCUCAAAUGUGUUUGAAUGAUUUAUAUUUAUCUGUUUCUUUUCUCAAUACAUUGAAGUAGAAUCACGAAAAAGCAUUGAGACUUAAUCAACGAUAUCAUACUAUAAAAAGAGGAAAUAAUAUCUAAUUUGAAAAGCAUAUUCAAGAUAUAAUCGAAGUGACUGACCUCACUAUCCUACAUCAAACUGAAGAUUAUGCAUUGCUCAUUGAUGAUCCAAGAAAGGCUGUAAUCUAGUUGUCUAAUGCACAUAAGAGAAUCUUGAAAUUGGAAGGAACUUAAGAGAAAGAUUUGGUUGAGAUCACUCCUCAAAUGAGUUAUUGCAGAAGGGAAGAUCUGAAGAAGAUAGAAAAUGCCACAUAUCCAUUGAUCAUAUGA